AUGCUAAUCAAAGAAUAUCGUAUUCUACUACCUCUUUCAGUUGAGGAGUAUCGUAUAGCACAGCUGUAUAUGAUACAGAAGAAAAGUCGUUUGGAUAGUUCGGGUGAAGGAAGUGGUGUGGAAAUUAUCACAAAUAACCCUUAUACCGAAGGUCCUGGUGGCUCUGGGCAGUAUACCUUCAAAAUAUAUCAUAUUGGAAGUAAAAUACCGAGUAAGAUUUGUUUUUUAUUAAUGGUGAGAUUAACGGACAUUAUAAAUUAUGAUGCGAUUUCAAUUCGUGAUGAAAUAAUUGAAAUUGAAGCAUGGAUACGAAGUGUGCUUCCGAGUACCGCUCUACAAGCUCACGAAGAGGCUUGGAACGCAUAUCCGUACACAAAAACACGCUAUUCGUGUCCGAUUAUGGAUCGAUUCAGCGUGGAAGUCGAAACGAAGUACUUCAAUGAUGCCGGACAACAGGAAAAUGUUUUUGGCCUGGAAGGGGACGAACUCAAAGAAAGAAUCGUUGAUGUGAUGGAUUUUGUGAAAGACGCAGUACCAUCGUACGAUUAUCUGGUUGAAGAGGACCCCAGAUUGUAUAAAAGUGCCAAAACAGGUCGUGGCCCAUUAUCGGAUGAGUGGGUGAAUGAUUGCAUUCAAAACAGUAAACCGAUUAUGUGCGCUUAUAAACUGUGUAAAGUGGAAUUUCGUUACUGGGGUUUACAAAGUAGAGCCGAAAGAUGGAUUCAUGGGUUUGCACUCCGAAAUACAAUGCUUCGAGCACAUCGACAAGCAUGGGCAUGGCAGGAUGAAUGGGUUGGAUUGUCAAUCGAGGAGAUUCGUCGUCUCGAAAAAGAAGUUGCUGAACAUCUGUCGCGGGUGAUGGCUCAUUCAGAAAACGCAGAUUCGGUGUCAGAAGCGUCAUCAGAUGUUUACUUUGAUUGCAUCGACCAAGCACCACUGAAUAGCAGCAAUAAACCGGCGAUGAUAAAAUGGAGUUCUGAAUUGCUGCUCAACGAUUCCGAAUCUCCUCCGCUGACGCCUCGUUCCGAUUCGAAUACUUCUCUACUCGUCAUUGUUUUUCAUGGCGAUGUUUCACCUGAGAUACCAGCCGAGCACAAAAUGACCGAUGUGUAUUCGUUGAAAAGUACAGUAGAGUCGUUGAUAUCAUGUCAUUAUCCACAACUGAAGUCACGAGUGAAUUUCAUCUUUGUUUCUUGCGGAAACGAGUUGAAUGCGAUCGUCUCUCAACUCGUAUCAGUAUGUCCUUCAUUUGGUGUCUUCCAUCCAUCACUUGCACUUCUGCUGUCUUCGUCACAGGUUUUCCAGGAGGCAGUACAAACUACAAUCGCGAAAGCUAACCAAAGCUAUACACAGUUCAUACAAUCAUCUGAAGCGGGCCACGGUUUUAACGGUGAAAUAUUCGUGGUUGGUGAUCAUCUCGGUGGCCUCUUCAUUUAUGAAAUACUCAGAAAACAAAAUCUUCAUAACCCGGUCUCGCGUCAUUCCAGUUCAAUUUCCGCUAAUUCACGUGCCAUACCCGAGGGUUGUGAACAAGAAGCGUCAUGGUCUCUAACUGAAUUUCCAUUAGUUGAAUCGACAGCAGUUGAUCGAGAACGAGGUCAUGCUCAUCAGCGUAACUUCUCUGCACCUCCAUCAUCCUCACGAAAAAUAUCGCAUCAUCAUCAUCGACCAUCCACCAGUUCUGAGAGUGAUUUCACCUCUAAUUUGAAUUUUCGAACGAACGCGGCAUUCCUUCUCGGUUGUCCUCUCGCACUUGUGCUAACACAGCGAAAAAUGUUCGGCAUUGGUGUUGAACCGUUGGAUUGUGGUCAGUUAUUUAAUCUCUAUUAUGCACUUGAUCCGUGCGGUGCUCGAUUGGAACCAGUUCUGAAUUCGCAUCUGGCUAUAUUACCUCCGAUGAACGUUCCUCAGUAUCAGCGUUAUCCACUUGGCGACGGUCAUCACAUCCAUUUUGAUAGUGCUCUUGAUGCAUCGCUGUUAUGGGGUACAAGACGAAUUGAUCACACACUGCAUUGUCCACAUGCAAUGGUUGCUUUACCGUCUUCUGCUUUACCUAACAUUUUGCAUGCAUCUUAUUGGGAAAGUUCAGAUGUUGCUGCUUUCAUUCUCAGACAAUUUAUGCGAUCGGAAGAACCGCCUGUACUAGCUGCGUUAACGAACAUGUCAACGAUACCGUCACAAAUUCAAAUGGAACCACCAUUGUGGAAUAGAAGAAGAACUAAAUUCAAGGUGACAAAUUUGGCUCCGAAUCAUCGAGGUAACGAUGUAAUCGUAGUGGAAGGUGCAGAGCAACAAAUUCAAGCACGGUUUUGCUAUGGACCUGUUGAUCUGGUAGCUCUGUCUCGUGAAAAGAUAUCCGCUUACGUUUAUCCGGUUGGUGCGGACUGGGAGUUGAUCGCUACCGAUACCACUGAUGCACAUGGACGAAUUUCAUUUUCGAUGGGUAAUCGUCUACCGGUUGGUAUUCAUUGCGUUAAAAUGAUCGUUCAUGGUGACCGAUCGUAUUUGGACUUAUUUGUUGCAGUGGUACCAAAAGGAACAAAAUUCGUUGUAUUCAGUGUUGACGGCUCAUUGACCGCUUCUGUUUCGGUUACUGGUCGUGACCCUCGAGUAAGACCUGGUGCUGUUGAUGUUGUUCGAUUCUGGCAUGAUUUGGGCUAUUUGAUAAUCUAUUUAACAGCAAGGCCAGACAUGCAACAACGAGUUGUUGGCGCAUGGCUAGCAUUGCACAAUUUUCCUCAUGCACUUCUGUUCUUCACUCCUUCAUUCUCAACUGAUCCACUGAGGCAGAAAACGUUACAUCUGAAAUCGCUGCUCGAUAUGGGAAUUUGCAUUCAUGCAGCGUACGGCAGCAGUAAGGAUAUCGCAGUAUAUGCGGGUGCUGGGAUAGAUGCUGAACGAAUAUUCUCGGUAUCGGGAAGUAAACGGAAAGGAUGCACACAAAUAGAUUGCUAUUCGGCGCAUUUGAGUCAACUCGAUAACGGCGUUAUCCCAUUCGCAAAACCCGUUGAUUCGUCAUUAAUUUAUCAUCACAAUACUUCAUUCACUUUCAAUAACCAACGAAGUUUGGUUCAACGAACACAUUCGUUCACUCCACGCAGUGGUCCAUACAGUCAAAAGCAUAAAGAGAAACGGUAG